UCGCGAGAUUUCCGUGUUUGUGUGUUAUUAAUUUGGUGUUGGAGUGUUCUUCCUACUUGUUUUUGUUGCCCUAAAGAUUUGUACAACUGCAGCACUUUUCGAGAAAAUCCGUGGUAAUGGGUAGUCGUCUUAGCGUUGUAGGUCAUAGUUUAGUAUUUAUUUAUGAAUUGAUGCGAGACAGUUGGUAGUUAGCUAGGUAAAGGCUAGCGCCAGCUAACGCUAGCUUUCUAGCUAGCUAGUUAGCUGGCUACGUUUGCCUCCAGUACCAUUAUAGCCAGUUCGCUCAGGUGAGUGGCCUGUAGUAGGCUAGUUUACGAUAGCUAGCUAACAACAUCUGGGUGUAUCUUCCCAGUAAAAGUCUGUCUUCAGUGAAGUAGUUUUCAUUUUCUGUACGAAUUGUAGUUUUCUGUACGUUUUCAUCAUUUCACAACACAUUUUAUAUUGCAGCAAUUUCUCUGAUCUGAAAGGCCAUCGCCUAACAUUUAUCUAACUAAAUUAGCUAACUAGCAAUCUAGAGUAUUUCACGGUAGCUAGUUAAAUGGCGUCAGAUAGUGACACAGAGGAAUUCUACGAUGCUGCUGAAGACGUCAGUUUUACUCCAUCACCUAAAAUAACACCUGCGAAGUUUGUCCUUCCCACGCCUCAGGGGGAUAGGCCUCCAGAAGACUUGGCUGUUGGGCAGGCCCCACCUGAGGCUCGCCAAGAUGACUCCAUUCAGAUCAUCGACAGCAUCAUUGAGGAGAGCCAGAAGGGGAGUGCUGUGGAGGAGGUUCUGCUGAUGAGUUCAAGGGAUGUGGGCUCAGAGUCAGAGGAGAAGCUGGAUGUGGCACCUGCUGAACCAGAGUCAGAGGUCAAGGUGGAUUUGGCCUCUGCCGAACCAGAGCCUCUUUCUGCCGAACCUCAGGCGGUGGAGGAGCGUUCACAGCAGCCUCAGGAACAGCAGGUAGCAUGCCCCAUGGUUCUACCAGACACCCCCGGCCCGUCGGCCGGCCGCCAGGAUCAUGUCCAGCCCCCAGACAUCACCAGCGCCCUGGGGCCAGGCAAGAGUCUACCAGACAUCCCGCCGGACAUCCCUGACCUUCCCCGGGUGCCUGCAGACGAGCAGAGACAAGCAGACAUCCUAGCCCAGGUCCCCCUUAUAGACAAGCCGGCCAACUUGUCCGACCCGGGUCCUACGAAACCCCCACGGCAGUUCACCGUAGAGCCUGACAUUGUGGCCAGCACCAAGAAGCCUCCACCCUCACGCCCACCUCCUCCCAGCGGAGCGCCUCCCCCACGGCCGCCACCCCCGUCCCGCCCAGCUCUGCCACUCGGCAAGAAGUCCCAGGAGUGUAGUAGGCCCAAAGGACUGGAAGUGUGUGCGGCGGAGCAGGAGGAGCCGUGUGGCCUGGUGUCUCCUGGCAGCACCGUGAGGAGCAUCACCAAGGAUCUGCAGCACUCUCUGGACCUGGCCAGCGCCACCAGCGGAGACAAAGUGGUCACAGCACAGGAGAAUGAGGAUGAACCGACAUCCGGCCGUGAUGACACUCUAGGUCCGCAACGCCCACGUUCCAACUCCGGGAGAGAGCUGACUGAUGAGGAGAUUCUGGCGAGUGUGAUGAUCAAGAAUCUGGACACUGGGGAGGAAAUCCCUCUUAUCCAGGCGGAGGAGAAGCUUCCUACAGGGAUCAACCCGCUCACAUUACACAUCAUGAGGAGAACCAAGGAGUACAUCACGAAUGAUGCUGCACAGUCAGAUGAUGAUGACAAGGCCCAGGCUCCACUGAGCGACACCGAUGGAGGCAAGCUGAAGCAGAAAACUGUUCAGCUGAAAAAGUUCCUGGGCAAGUCGGUGAAGAGGGCCAAGCAUUUGGCUGAGGAGUAUGGGGAGAAGGCUGUCAACAAGGUGAAGAGUGUUCGUGAUGAAGUGUUCCACAACGACCAGGAUGACCCAUCGUCCAGUGAUGAUGAGGGGAUGCCCUACACACGGCCGGUCAAGUUCAAGGCAGCACACAGCUUCAAGGGCCCCUUCGACUUCGAUCAGAUCAAGGUGGUCCAGGACCUCAGUGGAGAACAUAUGGGUGCAGUGUGGACCAUGAAGUUUUCUCACUGUGGGAGGCUGUUGGCGACAGCAGGCCAGGACAACGUGGUGCGAAUCUGGGUUCUGAAAAACGCCUUUGACUACUUCAACAACAUGAGAAUAAAGUACAACACUGAAGGAAGGGUAUCACCGUCUCCCUCUCAGGAAAGCCUGUGCUCCUCCAAGUCAGACACUGAUGGUGGGAUGAGCGGGGUUCCUGAAGACCCCGAUUCUGAGGACAAGAAUCUCCCCUUCCGCCAAGUACCCUUUUGCAAAUACAAAGGUCAUACAGCUGACCUGCUGGAUCUCUCUUGGUCAAAGAAUUACUUCCUGCUUUCCUCGUCCAUGGAUAAGACUGUCAGACUAUGGCACAUAUCCAGGAGAGAGUGUCUGUGCUGCUUUCAGCAUAUUGACUUUGUCACAGCCAUCGCUUUCCAUCCUAGAGACGACCGGUACUUUCUGAGCGGCUCUCUGGAUGGGAAGCUUCGUCUGUGGAACAUCCCCGACAAGAAGGUGGCACUGUGGAAUGAGGUGGAUGGGCAAACACGCCUCAUCACCGCCGCCAACUUCUGCCAGAACGGGAAGUACGCGGUCAUCGGCACCUACGACGGCCGCUGCAUUUUCUACGACACAGAGCGUCUUAAAUACCACACCCAGAUCCACGUACGGUCGACCAGAGGCAGGAAUCGAGUAGGUCGGAAAAUCACAGGCAUCGAGCCCCUGCCUGGAGAGAACAAGAUUCUGGUGACAUCCAAUGACUCCAGGAUCCGCCUUUAUGACCUAAGGGACCUGUCUCUUUCCAUGAAGUACAAGGGUUACGUCAACAGCAGCAGUCAGAUCAAGGCCAGCUUCAGCCAUGACUACUCAUUCAUUGUGAGUGGCUCAGAGGACAAGUAUGUUUACAUCUGGAGCACCUACCAUGACCUGAGCAAGUUCACCUCCGUACGACGUGACCGCAAUGACUUCUGGGAGGGAAUUAAAGCACACAAUGCAGUGGUGACUUCGGCCAUUUUUGCCCCCCACCCUAGCCUGAUCGUCCCCCAGGAGGCGGGGGCAGAGAAAGCGGGGGCUGGGGCUGGGGCCGAUGCCGAGUGUAAGAGCUUGGACUCUACUGACUCUGAGACCAUUCCUUCAGGGGCUCUGAAGACUGAUCAUACAGAGGUCCUGCUUUCUGCUGACUUCACCGGCGCCAUUAAAGUUUUCAUCAAUGUAAAAAAGUACUGAGCACUUCAGCCUUAAAGGCCUCACCCUGAACCCUUACCACUUACCGAUCAGUGUACAGUCCUAUCACGGAGCGGAGCCACCAGCUGCCUUCCCGCGCUUCUCAAAUCUGCCAAUCCACCUACUGGUGAGUGCUCCAGGAAGGACAGAGGGAUAUAUUUACCCUUCCAGAGAACGGUGACCCUAGAGUAGGGGAUGAUGGAACUGUACAUGCAGGAAGCAGCCCACAGAUGUCCUGUCACUUUUUUUUUUGUAUCAUUUGUUUCUUUUAACACAAAGAACCGGGGUUUUCAAAGCAGGUUUGUGAGACUGUAUAGUUGGAGCACAAAGUGAAUCAGAACAGGUGCUAAACGGGCGGAUGGUGAAGACAUUAAUGUAAGAGUGUAACAGCCACACUGUCUUACUCCUUACUUCCCUGCUCUCCCAGUACCCGCUCCUCUGUCCUUGACAAAGGACACUGUCUUCUAUUUUAAACUGUAAGCACUAACUGCAAUCAUUUCGGUUACAAAUGUUCAUUUGUGUCUGUCGGUUAUGAAAAAUAAAAUGGAAUCACAGAA